UGCAGCUCAGGUACAGGUGCCAUCAUUGCUAGCAGGUCUAUAUAGUCUCUUUCUCAGCUGGGAUUCAUAUCACCCAGCUACUGUAUACUGCAGAGAGGCACCAGCUCGCCCGCCAGACCCUCAGCAGUUUAGCUCCCCAGAACUGGCACUCGCUCCCUGUGCUGAGUCACUGGUAUAAGGCGUGCUCGUGUAUAGGGGAAACUGAGGCGUUUCAUAGAACUUCUCCUCAGUCCUCACAACUUCUUCUACAACAUGGCUGCAAGGAAGCUGAUCGUGGUCUUUGGAGCUACAGGUGCUCAAGGAGGAUCAGUAGCUAAAGCUCUACUAAGUGAUGGAGUAUUUGCGGUCAGGGCAGUGACUCGGGACCCCAGCAAACCAGCAGCCACAAAGCUGAAACAGGCCGGGGCGGAAGUCGUGUCCGCAGAUCUGGACAAUGAAAAAAGUCUGACAGCAGCGCUGACAGGAGCUUCUGGAGCAUUCGUGGUCACUAGCUUCUGGGAACACUUCAGCAAGGAGAAGGAGGUAGCCCAGGGCAAGGUGAUCGCAGACCUGUGCAAGAAGUUGGGCCUCAGUCACGUUGUUUACAGUGGUUUGGAGGAUGUGAAAAAGCUGACGGGAGGAAAGCUUGAGGUUCUACAUUUUGAUGGUAAAGGAGAGGUGGAGGAGUACUUCAGAGCUAUCUGCUGCCCUAUGACCAGCGUGAGACUCUCCUUCUACUUCGAGAACCUGGCAACUAAUGGCAAACCACAGAAAUCCAAGGACGGGAAGACCUAUGAUCUGGAUAUUCCCAUGGGUGAUGUGCCGAUGGACGGGUUCUCAGUGGCGGAUGUGGGUCCAGCUGUCUGCAGCAUCCUGAAGAAUCCAUCGGAGUAUAUUGGGAAGAACAUCGGGCUUAGCGGAGAUAAGUUAACAAUUCAACAAUAUGCAGAGAUAAUGUCGAAGGUCACCGGCAAGCCCAUCCGAGACACCAAGAUCUCCCCUGAGGAGUACGAGAAACGGGGCUUCCCAGGAGCGCAUGAAUUGGCCGAUAUGUUCCGCUUCUACCUGACGAAACCCGACCGGGAUGUGAAGCUUACACGCAAACUCAACCCCAAUACCAAAACGUUCCAGCAGUGGAUGGAGGAGAACAAGGAAAGCUUUAAUAACUUGUAACAUUUAGUUUUCUUUAAAAAUUGUUGUUGUUUUUUUUACAAAGCUUAUAAAAAAAAAAAAAAAAAAAUUUCAUUCAAUGGCAGCAUUUUCAGCAAGCCUGAAAUUCCAUUGUAAAAAUGAUUACAAAGUAUUCAGUGUUCACUGUGUUUCAUCUCAUCAACUGUACUGAAAUACCAGAUAAGGGCAUCAUAUGUUGGUGCUAAACUAAAUAAAGGAUAAUUCUAAUAGUAUCAAA